GGGAUAAAUGGCGAGCCGCCGGCGGGCUAGGGGCGAGCGUGGGUCUGCCUGGCCCCGGGGGACGGACGGCACCCCGGCUGCGAACUUCUCCUUCUGCAAGAAUGGUAUGUCUAAUGCUUGCAAAAAUGACUGCCUUGAAAUAGUCUCUUAAAGAGGGAAGAUAAAGGGUCAAACUGAAGAAGCAUCAAGCAGUGAGAACAGUUUUUCAACAGUUUUCAAGUCCAUGGUUUUGUAACAGAUCAUCUGUCAAACAACAUCAAGGAAACAGUAUAUUUCAUGAAAGUUAAGUCUGAUAGAACAUGACUAUUCUACUUUAUUAGGCAACCUUGCACGCUUCUGUAUGAAGUGGAAGUCAAAUGAAUUCUGUGUGCUACAGAGACACAAUGACAUUCAUGUUUGUGGUGAAUGGAAAUCAUGGCAACAUCUAACAUGGGAGAGAAAGACAUGAGUGGACAAUGUGGCAGGACUCAUUCAGAUUGCAAAUUUUCUGCCUGCUUCUGGCAGUACUGGCUAUUGUGGUGCUGGUCCAUAACUUUCUUCAGUUAGAGCACCUAGAUGACAUCACAGUUUCAGGGUCAAAUUGGAUAACAGAAAACAAUGACCAGCAUACUCUGUCACAGACAACUAAAGUUGCCAGGAAGCGUUACUGUGGUUAUGAGCGGCAGACUUUGUCCAAGAGAGAACAAGCAGAAGAGGAAUCGUUGCUUGCUGCUAUACAGUGGCCAAAACCUCCUGAUGGCAAAAUCACUUUUGUACGAAGCACUGAUCCUGCACAUAGUGAUUUUGUGAUUGUGAAACCCAGUGCACUCUUCAAGGUGGGUGAUCAAUUAGAGGUGCUGGUCCGGAUGAAGGAUUUCCAAGGAAAACCCAAGCAGUAUGGUGGAGACUAUCUACAAGCACGAAUUCACUCUCCUCUGCUGAAAGCUGGAGCAGUGGGAAGGGUUGUAGAUUGCCAUAAUGGCUUUUACAAGGUCUUUUUUACUUUGCUUUGGCCGGGAGAGGUCAAAGUAUCUGUGUUGCUUGUCCACCCAAGUGAAGCAAUCCAAGUCCUCCUGCGCUUACGAGAAGAAAGGCCAGACAGAGUCUAUUUUAAAAGCUCAUUCAAGUCUGGGAGGUUUUUGGAAACCACCGAGUGCAAUGUGUGUUUACCUGGAGAUCUCCCAGUCUGUAACUUCACAGAUCUCUAUACGGGUGAGCCGUGGUUCUGUUACAAGCCACGGAAACUGUCAUGUGCCAGUCGAAUCAGCCAUGCCAAGGGUGGAUAUCAAAAAGGUCUUCUGACACAAGAGGAAAGUCUGUUUUUCCAGAGUGAUGUGAAUAUCAAAAGGCCAAUAUUCCCCAGUGGACCUGAUUCAGUGAUUGUAAAGCCCAAGGCAUUUUCAGAUUCAAGUGAUAUGGACAAAGCUGAAGAUCCCAAUGUUUCCCCUUCUGGUUAUUAUUAUCAAGACCUCUGGAAGCCCAGAACACACAGGAUCCAUCACUUUAACGAGUCAGAGGAUAUUACCAAGUGCUUACAUGGAAAAGUAAUCCAGUUGUUUGGAGACUCUACAAUAAGGCAGUGGUUUGAAUAUCUGACAGGAUUUGUUCCAGAUCUAGUGGAAUUUAACCUGGGGAGUCCUAAGAACGUGGGCCCGCUCAUGUCUGUGGACCUGAAGCGCAAUAUCCUACUGAAGUUCCGCUGCCAUGGGCCGCCUAUUCGCUUUACAACAGUCUUCAGCAGUGAGCUGCGCUAUAUUGCUAAUGAGCUGAAUGGCAUUGUGGGAGGCAGAAACACUGUGAUAGCCAUAACUAUAUGGUCCCACUUCAGCACUUUUCCUGUGGAAGUGUAUAUCCGGCGGCUGAGGAACAUUCGCAGAUCAAUUAUUCAACUGCUGGAUCGUAGCCCCAAGACUGUAAUUGUCAUUCGAACUGCCAAUGUUCAGGAGCUUGGGCCAGAAGUGAGUCUCUUCAAUAGUGACUGGUAUUCCUUUCAGCUUGACUCUGUCAUGAGGAAAAUGUUCUCAGGAAUUGCUGUGCACUUUGUGGACGCCUGGGAGAUGUCUCUGGCUCACUAUUUGCCACAUAACUUGCACCCAAAAGAAGUCAUUGUUAAGAAUCAGAUAGAUGCAUUUCUAUCUUAUGUAUGUCCUCUACAAACUUAGCAUAAUUAGGUAUCCCUAUUAUCAUGUUUUGCUGUAGCUGAGGUGAAGUUGCUCCUUGUCAGAGCUAGCAAUCUCUGCUGGAUGAUGUGGAGAAACUCUGGUUUUUGCAGUUGUGUGCAGUGCCAGUUGGCUGCCCUUAGCUUUGGGUAGCUCUGAAAGACAGUGAAGAGGAACUGACUGUUCAGGCCAUAUCUUCCUGCAAGGUUGGUUCCUUUCAGCCUUAUCAUUCAUAUCUCAGAUUAUUAGACAGUUCCUUAAAUUGGUAAGAUAUGAUAGGAAAGUACAUGGGUUCUUAGCUUCACUAGUUACCUGCACUGCGUACUUAAUCUGUACAACACUGAUUCUGUUGCCAGAGUCUUGCUGCCCAGAACUAUUGUAAUCUGGGAAAGAGACUUUUCUGGGAGCAGUCUUCCUCCUGACAUUCCAGGGUUGGAGGGACGUCUCCUCCAGUCGCAUGUCAGUGAAGCACAGUGUGCAAUGUCUCUUCUUGUUUCAAAGCUCCAAUUAGAAGUCUGAAGGGGUUGUCCUAAAACUACUAAUAUCAAUCAAGAAAGCACAACUAAAAUGUCUGUAAUGUUUAUCAAGUCAUCAAGAGUGUUUGUUGGAAUUUAAUAGAGCACACUAAUCAGGCACACUUGAUGUUUUCAGGUAGCUGCUAAAUAAUGCAAAUACCCAGCACUUUAGUUUGGGUUCCUGUACUACUGUGUCUCAUCUGAGCUUUGAUACACUGUCUACUUCUUGCUUUAUAUGUAAGGAACAAAUGUGUAUAUGACUAUUUUAGCGAAGGCACUGUCUCAGGUAGUUUCUGGAAGAUCAAAUUAAAAUGGCAGGUAUGCCCACUCAAAGCUUAAGAUACUUCCUAAUGAGAAUGUUUAUUUCUCUGUUAGAUGAACCUAUUCUGUUAUGUUGCUGCGAAGCUGGGCUUCUACAUCUGGUGUGGAGGAGCCAACUGACUCGAACGCACUUGACAAUGUUUGGCGAAUGACUAACAGUAUGAGCCUGUCACACACUAGUGUCAAGGUCAUACAACAGCUUUCUCCCUCGUUCCAUUCCUCCCCCUGUCUUCAGUGAUUCUUUUAUCAUUUAUCCAUCAGCUUCACUGCUGCCAAUAUAGAGGGUAAAAAAACAACAAAAACCUACCCCAAAGCCAAACAUGUCCAGUGUUGUCUUCCAUGUGGAUGCUUUGUAAAUGUUUGCUACUUUACCAGUAGUAAAGUUGGAGGUUUUGAGGCCUCUUGGAGUGGUGUUUUCUGCUGCUAAUUUGAUUGAAUCUGUCUAUAGUUUUAACUCAUUGCACUUUGUUUUAGUGUUUUGAUUAAAUUCAGCCCACCA